UUAGUUUUUCUUGUUUUUUGAAGCUGUCAGAAGUUCUCCAGCGCCAAAACAAAAUCAUAAUAGAUCAUAGUUUCUGUUGAGAUAAAACAGAUGAAACGAUCUUUAGAUUGAUAUUUAGUCAAUAUCCCUCUGUCUGCUGAAUUUUAAAUAUAAAAAUGACAUUGAUAGAAAGCAAUCAUACAAGACUGCAAUAAAAUUCUACUACAGCUAUUGAACAGAUACCUCAACGAUGGACAAUUGUAAACAUGUAACUAAGAUAAGACCCAACUGGAACCAUUCAUGCUUGAAUCCUCAGAAAUGGUUGUGUUAUAUCUGUGGUACAACUGAGAGUGUUUGGGCAUGUUUGAGCUGUCCAAAUGUGGCUUGUGGAAGAUUUAAUGAAGAACAUGCUCUUAAACAUUAUCAAGAAAGUAAACAUCCUUUGAGUAUUGAAGUUAACAACAGAUAUGUAUACUGUUAUGAAUGUGAUGACUAUGUCAUGAAUGAUAAUGCUGCUGGUGAUCUGAAGAUUCUACGGAGUGCUUUGAGUGCCAUAGCUACACAAACAUUUACAGAUAUAGAAUCUCGAGGGAGAAGACUUCUAAGGUCUUACUCUGUUACAGCUGUAGCAUCAACGACAACAGCUGAAGAUGAUGACAGACUGGCCACAUCAGUAUGGCAUUAUAGGCAUACAUUACUAACAAAGACAUUACGUGCCUGGACAAGAUUUGUUAAAGAAACCAAAGAAGAGAAGACACCUCGUAAAACUCCAGUAAAAGAAGAAGAGUCCCCUUCAUUUUUACGACGGAGAACUUUAAUUCCUGGAAUGACAGGUCUAAGGAAUUUAGGAAAUACCUGCUACAUGAAUUCCAUUUUACAAAUACUAAGCCAUAUAGAAGUGCUGAGAGAUUUUUUCCGUUUUUCUGUGAAGCAGUUAUCAAGCAGAGUUGCCAGCCCUGAAAAUAGUCCUACAGGAGCUGCCUUUUCUGUGUCGCCAAGACCAUCAAUAAGAAUGCUUAGCAGACAGACUACAACUGAAUGUUUUCAAUAUUUGAACACCAAAACCCCAUCAACUCCACCAACGCCAAAGUUACCUAAAUUAGGUGGAUUGAAUGGUGGGUCGAGUGGAUCAAGUCAUUCCACACCAGUAAAUAAACAGCUUAUAUUAAAUGUGGAAGAUUGUUCAACAGAGAAAAUAUCUAUGUGCCAAGAAUUGAAUGGACUGUUUAGGGUAUUAUGGUCUGGCAGAUGGGCCCAAGUUAGUCCCCAUGCUUUUUUACAUUCUGUAUGGCAUGCUAUACCAGCCUUCAAAGGCCAUGCUCAACAUGAUGCUCAGGAAUUCUUAUGUGAGUUGUUAGACAAACUUGAGAAAGAACUAGACGAAACAGAAGGUCAAAAACAUUCAAACAUUUUAACAAGAACAUUUCAGGGAAAACUGGUAAGCCAGGUAAAAUGUUUGAAAUGUAAGAACCUAUCAUCAAGAGAAGAUCCAUUCCUAGAUCUAUCAUUAGAAUUUCCACAGAGAUACCAAAUUACCAGUAAAAACUCCAAGUUAGCAGAGGAUCCAUGUCAUUUAACAGAAAUGCUUGCUCAAUUUACAGAUACAGAAGAACUAGAUGGAGAGAUAUACCACUGUGAGAAAUGCAAUGCCAAAAGAAAGAAAGAUAUCCUUUAUACAAAGGCUGAGAAGAGACUGCUAAUCAAGAAACUACCUCCUGUCCUGAGACUUCACCUUAAAAGAUUUAGAUGGUCUGGUCGAUUACAUCGUGAGAAGAUUCACACACCUGCUAUGUUUGAUGAAGUGUUAGACAUGGGACCAUUCUGUGACUGUACAUCAGACACUAAUACAGGGAAUGUUAAUUACAGACUGACAGGGGUCGUGAUACAUCAUGGAACAGGAUUCAAAUCAGGACAUUACACAGCAAAUUGUUGGAAUUCUGAAGCUGAUUCAUGGAUCAACUUCAACGACUCUAGAGUGAGAUACAUUCCAAUAGAAGAAGUUUUAUUAAGCCAGGCAUAUAUAUUGAUUUAUCAACGUCAGGAUGAAGAACUGGCUUCACCGAUAGAACCUGAUGAUGAAGAGGUCUCAACAUCAAUAGAUUCUCAGGGACUUUCUUUAACUUUAAAAAAGGAGAUUUCACAAAAAAUUGAUGAGGAUAUUACAUUCAAUUUUAAGACACCACCUUUAGAUACUUCUAGGAGGUUGAAAAGGAAAAGAAAAUCUACCUCCGAUACUCCAUUUAGGAUUAUCAAAAGGAGACGCUCAACAUUGUGGUGACAAAGGCACAGCUCAAAUAACAUCAGGGAUUAAACAGAUUAAUAGUU